AAUUUAAAUUUACAAUUGUUAUUAUUAAUGCUCGGAAAUUAAGUUUUAGAAGUUAAAAUUGAUAAAAUAUGCAAAUAAAAAUAUUAAACUUGAACAUUUUUUUUAAGAAAAGCAUUAAUUAUUGGUUACAUAAUGGUUUAUUAGUAUAAAUAUAAUAGAUAUACAUUUUUUAAAACAAUUACAUAUCUACAUAUGAUAUUAAUGAAAUGUGGUUGGAAACUGGUGAAGGUCGUCAUUAGAUCAAUUUGUAGGGAGGUAAAAACUUAAGGUAUAUAGUCAGUUUUUGCUUAUUAUAGUUUUAAAUUGCGUAUUAUUAAAUAUUUAUUUAUUUUUUAAAAAUAUUUUAGGAAGUUACCGUACACACUUAUGUUGUCUCUGACUGGAGUUAUCAUAGGUGUUUUACCAUCUUAGGCAUGAUAUAAUUUAAACAAAUUGUCUGAUUAUAGAAUUUUGUAUUAUUAUUAAAUUUGAAAACAUUCUAUAAACUAGUAAAUAGAGCUAUUUUUCGAAAAAGUUUUAGAAUGAUUUAUCUUUCAAACUAAAAGUAAUAAUACAACAUUGACAGAAGCUGAAUGAGUAAUGUGAGAUGCCUAUCCAGUAAUUUGUACUAUUUAUAUUUUUGUCCUUCAAGAUAACAUAUACAAUAUAUCACAAUGAUGGAGCUUUCAAAAAAUGAAUCAAUUGCGGAAACGUCUGUACGUAAAUAUCAAGAUGAUAGCGAUUUUGCUGAAGCAUUUAAAAAUUUACUACGGCCAGUCGAUAUAAUCGCAAAAAAAAAACAAUGUGAACCUCUUAAAUAUGAUCUUAUCAAGGAACUGGAUUCGUUUUUGUUUCACUUGAGAGUAGAUACUGAUCUACUAGGAGGUUCCUUAGUAUUUGUAGAAGCUGCAUUAAUGAUUCAAAAUGUCAUACUUAUUUAUCAAAAAAGAGUUGAUGAAUUAAUUGAUGUAAUGGUGAAACUUAUUGGGAAAUUCCGAGCUUACCGAAUAAACGACAAUAUUGAUGUAGAUCUUGAUGCAGAAAACGAAGUAGGAAAUAAAAAAAAAAAGAAAGAAAAAAAGGUAAAAUUUUAUUCUUCUUUUGAACCGAUUAAAGCGAACACCGCUGUAACACUGAAAAAAUAUGACUGCAAAGUAAUAAAUUUGAGUAAAAAACCACCAGUACAAAAAAUUGUUCUCAAUGCUAAUAUAAAAGUAGAUAACAAGUACAAUAAAAUAUUGCCUUAUAUCUGUAUUGGAAAUGGAGAUAAUAUUGGAAAGAAAUAUGACUAUAUGAUAAAUUUUCCUCUAAAUCGUGAUUUGGCUGUAAAUGAGGAAUUUGAUUGUCCCACUUAUGAAGAUCCCACAUCUGCAACUCCUCUCAAUUACCGAAAAAGCACUGACCCAUUACCAACGAAUUUGAUGGAAGUUGAUGACAUCGAUGAAAUAUUUCCAAGUACUCCCGACCCAAUAAUUUUUGAUCAGACAGUUACUGAUGAAGUUUGUGUCGCUAAUGCAAUGCUACCAAAUCCAGAAAAUAUAUUGAAUGUUAGCCAAAUACCUCAAAAUACUGAUGAUAUAUGGGAUCCAAUUUUAAAUGCUAAGGAUAAUAAUUUUGCAGACAAACCUUUAGUAAAGAAAAAAGGAUCUAAAAAAGAAGAUGGUGGAAUGUGGUUACCAACAUAUACUGUAGCAGAAUUAACAUGUCAAAUGUUUAGAUUAAAAUCGGGAUUAUAUGCUGAUAAUGUAUUUCGACAACUUAUCCAUGAUGCACUGGAAGUCCAAAGAUCCGAAAUAGCUAAGCUUAAAAAAAAAACGCAUUAUAGAGGAAGAAAAAGAACGAUUUGACUAUCAUGAUAAGGAAAUUGAAGAAAAAUUGAAAAAUGGAGAUGAACCAGGAUUUAUAGGCUUUGAAAGUCCAAUUCAUGAUGACAAUGAUUUAUUCGGAAAUGUUGACGAACCAGAAAAUGAAGAACCGAUGGAGGACGCCAAUAUUGAAAAUUUCCAAUCAUAUCAAAAAAAUGCACUAGAUAUGCAAAAACAUGAACAAAACCAAAUGGAAGUUAUGAAUGAACAACUAAAAAUGCGAGAAAGAGUACAGGAAUGGCAUAAUAACCUGCGUCCAAUUUUAGAAGAAGAA